AUGGCCGACAUUUACACCCCUCCCAAGGACUCUGCCUAUCUCCUCUCGACGGGCUUCCAGAUGCCCCACAAGAACGGAGACAAAUGGGCCAUGGCUUUCGAUAGCUAUACCGGUACAAUCCUGACGGCAGGCCUCUCUGUCGUCAUCACCAUCUUGUUUCUCUGCCUUUGGAACCUCAUCAGUUUCGUCGGCAUGUUCUUUGAUGGCAAAAAGACCAGACGCCGAUACGUCGCGCUGGUCACCCUCUGGAACUCGAAUGACCCUUGGUUCGCCUGCAAGGAACUGCUUCAUUACGCAGUCCAGUGUCUAAAGGACUCCAAGACUUCGGGUGACUUCUGGUACGGUUUUGGGUUCGGUCUCACGGCCUUCAUUGUGUUUGCCGGGGGCAUAGUGACCAGUAUCAUGGUCCCGUCAGCCCUUUUGAUUGGCAACGUCGCCCCCGUGAGACCGAGCUCCGUCUUCUACCCCGAACUUCCAGAUGGUUCUGUUAGAGCGCUCCAGAGGUUUGGCCUCCUUGCCCCUGCUGCUAUGCGUUCUCUGGGCAGCGUGGAGGCGGCCGAGGUCACACUGCGCGAGAGGGUCAGCGUUGAAGAAGAGCCCAAGUUCUCCGACCCAAGGGCUGCCGAACCUGUCAAGGGCGUCAAGUAUAACUAUUCCCUCUCUGGAGUGGACAUGGGCCUCAGAUGGGGAUCCAAAUUGUCCUUGGAGGUGACUGGUGCCUGCAUCACUGAGUAUGGUUGGGUGGACAAGCGAGCAAACACCAGUGACAGCCCGGGCGACGUGUACCAUCUUUGGAACAUUGAUUCAAGAGAUCAAACUGUCUUCGUACCCAUCAGCGAAGACGUUAUCCGUGAUGCUCCUUCGGCAUCCUUUAUUCCGCACCCAGAUGGACACGACCAGCUUCUGAAGAAUUCCAAUGUGUCCUAUGCCGUCGUCAUCAACUCUGCCCGUCGGACCAGCAUCACCAAGAGCAACGACCCGUGGUAUGCCACUGAGAACCGCGAUGAGCCGGAGGGGAAAGACCGAUACGAGGCUGAUUAUUGGAUGAAACGAUAUAGACCCAUUCUCUCGUGCUGGCAGAAUGACCAGUGGAGUUAUGGGUCUGAGUUAGUCAACUCCGUGGAUGAGCUGAAGAACGUUACCGGCAUCAAGAUCAAGCCUGUCCUGCUGGAAGUUCUGGAGGCCGCCUUCGGUGACAGUCCCAUGAUCGUCAAGCUUGGUAGCGCCAGUGGCGUCUCGGCGCUUCGAUCUCAGACUACAAGCCCAAAUGGCGUCAUUGACGCUCAACAAUGCACCAUGUACAAAGACAUGGAACGUCUCAUCUUGGCCAGCUUUGUGGCUAGCAGGAGCAUCUUUACCGAUGCCACCAUGUUCGGGAUCGGUGAUGACACAUACCCGAGCAUUAUCAGGGACACCAACGGGAAUCCAAAGAGCGGUGCGGGAGACUUUGUCGUGGCAAGCCCAGAAAUCCAGACAUUCUCUCUCAGGGGGGUCGUCGCUCUCCUCGUUCUCUUGGGUGUUUUGAUCUUUGUAAAUGCUUUGGCCUCAUGGCUCCUCCGCUUCUUUCAUAGGAAUCAGGAGGAGGCUACCAUCGACGCAGGAGCAGGGAACAAUGAAGUCGAAGUCGACCGGUGGACUCGAUUCCGUGUGUUGGGGGCUGUCCACCUGUUCCGCUGCCUCUACGAG